AUGUCCAGACGAUCCACUCUACGCCAUCAGCCAGACUCCGCGACCGCCACCUUCUCGACCCGCUCCAACUCUCUUGCUACCACCAAGAACUCAAUUGCCACCAAACGUGUCGGAAACCACUCGAACGACAUUGUCGCCUACUUUCAUGAUGAGCAGGUCGGCAACUACCAUUACGGAGAGCGUCAUCCAAUGAAGCCUCACCGCCUCACUUUGACCAACCACUUGGUAAUAUCGUACGAUCUCCACAAAAAAAUGGAGAUCUUCCAGCCUCGUCGGGCAACGGACGAAGAAAUAAUGAGUUUCCACGCUCCCGACUAUAUCGACUUUCUGAAAAAAGUCACGCCCGAGAACAUGAACACCUUUAGCAAAGUCUUUAGUCGAUUUAAUGUCGGGGACGACUGUCCUGUCUUUGACGGAAUGUUUGAUUUCUGCAAGAUAUAUUCAGGCGCUACAAUCGAUGCAGCCCGCAAGUUGACAAAUGGAUCUGCUGAUAUUAGCAUUAAUUGGUCAGGAGGGCUUCACCACGCCAAACGGGUAGAGGCGUCAGGAUUCUGCUAUGUCAACGACAUUGUCCUUGGUAUUUUCGAGCUCCUAACCCAUCACCCGAGAGUCCUCUAUGUCGACAUUGAUAUCCACCACGGGGAUGGCGUUCAGGAAGCAUUUUAUACCACGGACAGAGUCAUGACGGUCUCCUUCCACAAGUACAAUGGCGAUUUUUUCCCAGGAACAGGCGACAUUGACGAGGUUGGGUCCGGGAUCGGGAAGCAUUAUUCGCUCAAUGUGCCGCUCAAAGACGGGAUUGACGACGAGUCUUAUAUCUACUUGUUCAAGUCUGUCAUGGAGGCCGUUAUCAACUCGUUUCGACCAUCAGCCAUCGUUCUCCAAUGCGGUGCUGACUCUCUUGGAUGCGAUCGUCUCGGUUGUUUCAACCUCUCUAUCAAGGCGCAUGGCGAAUGCGUGCGGUUCAUUAAGGAGUUCAAGCUGCCGCUGUUGGUGCUAGGCGGAGGAGGGUAUACGAUUCGUAACGUGGCGCGCUGUUGGACAUAUGAGACAUCAAUCCUCGUGGACCAUGAGGUGUCGAACGACCUGCCGUACAAUGAGUACAUUGAUUUUUUCCAACCGGACUACAAGUUGCACCCCCAUCUUUCAGGCAAGGUGGAGAAUAUGAACACGAAGCAGUACAUCAGGAACCUCCGGAUACGGGUGCUGGAGCACCUUCGGUUCUUGAAUGGGGCACCGAGUGUCCAGAUGCAGGAGAUACCGCCUGAUAUGCAAGGGUUUCUCGAAACGAAUGACGAGGAGGAAGCUGAGCGGAUGGUGGAUUCGGCCAAAGGGAAGGAGACCAAGGAGAAGCAGCGGGGUCGAGAGCACGACAAUGAGUUCUAUGAUAACGAGCAGGAUGUGGACGAUAUGGAGAUUUGA